GAGGAGCGGGAGGAGAGGUCGGAGCAGUCUCUGGUCGCCCAGAGACACAGAGUCCCUCGGCAGCUGCUGCGGCGAGAGAUUUCCUUGACCGUUUGAACCUGAAAACACGGUGUUGGACAGCUUCUUAUCGAUCUCAUCCAGAAACUCAUCGAAGAUGUCUAGCAAAACUACCAACACCAACAGCGUGGCCCAGGCCCGGCGAACUGUCCAGCAGCUGAGAUUAGAAGCGUCCAUAGAGAGGAUUAAGGUUUCCAAGGCGUCUGCAGAUCUCAUGUCCUACUGCGAGGAACAUGCCAGAGGUGAUCCUUUGCUCAUGGGAAUCCCGACUUCAGAAAAUCCCUUCAAGGACAAAAAAACUUGCAUCAUAUUAUAGUGUGUUGGGGAGCCUGCGGGUGCCGCCCCUCCAUGAUCCAAGCAGCUCCAUGAAGAAACGUACCUUCCGCUCACUUGGUAACCACUGCUAAAAACAAAAAUGCUUUUAACUUGUAAAAACAAACAAAAAAUUGAGUUUUAAAGCCUUUGUUUUUAAAAGUCUCCCUCUCUUUAGAGCGUACCCUUUAUGAAAUGGAUGAGAAUCAGUCAAUUUAUUCUUGGUUUCCAGUUGAAAUGAUUAAAGGUGGUGAUUCUCUUAGGUUGGCUUCACAUUUAAGGAAUGCUGGUUUGGGUUGGUUUCUGUGUAAAUUCAUUGUCCAGGGAUUUGCCUUUUGAUUUGAGGGAAGACCAAAGUUGCCUCCUCCUCUUUCCAGAUCCACCAGGCCCAUGAGUCACCGGGGCCGUGGCCAAUCCAAUCUCUAAAAUGCUUCACUUCUCAGUAUCCUUAAUCGGGUUGGUGCCUCUAUGUACAGUAUACAAGUUAUGCAUGUAUUUGGUGUGUAUAUAUGAUUUUGUAUAUAUACAUUUCAAAGUGCAUAUUUUCUAGUUCGAAAACGUCUUUCCCCUUCUACCACGGCCCCCCCUGCAUUCUAGCCCACCCCGAGUUCUGCUUCUCUCCAGUCGUGUGCCAGGCUGACGACCAGUCAGGUGGCCACCGCUGUGUUUGCCUACGGCCUCUGGGGGACGAGGGCAGGGCCCGCCCCCAAGAGUCCUUUUCACAAUACCAAAUUCUGGUCAUUUUAUCAUCCUUGUCAUCUCUCCCUUUUGUUUGCUUCUCUGGUCCUCACGGCCUAAAUACAAACGGUGCCAAUUUAAGAGAGCGAAAAACAAAACCCUCUUGUAAUUUGAGGUGCUAUGCUGUGAGGGCCCUCUUUGCUUUUAUGGACUCUGCACAGUCAGGAUACAAAAUCACAAAAUCCCAGAGCCGGAUAGUCCAACCCGUGCCUAAACACGUAUCCUCUGUGUCACCUCCCUCCUGACGAGUCACCCACCCGGUCUGCUCAAGACCGUGGACACCUCAGAAUUUUUUUUUAAUUCAUAAAAUAAGAUACAUAGGAUUACCAAUGAAACCAGUUAUACUGAAAUCCAGUUAUCAAAAUAUUCAAAAAAGCUAAGUUCAUGGUCCCUAGUUAAGAACCUUGAUCUCAUCCAACCCAUACGCCAUCUACACUAAGAAAUGGUCAUCCCCCACUCUGCUCCAAGACCUCCGGUAAAGAUGAAUUCACUGCCUCCCAAGGUUAUCCAUCCCACUUUAGGAUAACCUUAAGGCUUAGCAGGAUUUUCCUAUCCUCAAAGUGAAAUUUGCUUCCCCUUGUUACUCUUAGUUCAGGCCUCCAAGGCCAAGAAGAAAAGGUCUGAUUAGUAGGAGGUGAAGGGUAUCCAUGAGCCCAUCGACCAGAGGAGGGAGGGUCUGUGAAUGUGAGCCUAGUUCUCUCCACAGAGAAGGAAUUCAGUCAGCAUGCUAGAUUGGGGGAGUGUACCUCCUUCCCCUUCACUCUCCCUCUCCUUCCCCCAAAACUUCCUUCCCGUGACUAAAUCUACCUGUCUGAGAGGUAUGCUUCAUCCCCCUGCCUCAUCCCAGGUUGUUGAUUUGUAGGUGGGAAGGUUGUUUGUCUAAAAAGAACGGAGAAAGGUCCAAAAUGGUGGUGGAUUUUCCAAUUCGUAGCUUGUCGUGAUCCAGCCCAGUGUGACCACGCUUUAGGCAGCACAAUAGAACUUAAAAAAAAAAUCACCUUGUCACUCCCCCUCCUCCCUGGUUACUCCAUACCUGAGGGUGGGAUAUGCUGCUAUAGAUCUUUCUGCUGAACAUAGAUGGGCCCAUAGUCUGGGCACAGCCCCUGCAGGGAGACCAAGAGGUCCUUUUCCAAAUGGUCCCUUACAGACAUGGAACGUGAAAUGACCACACUAGACGUUCUCAAAUGAUCAUCCCACUUCCACAUAUUAACCUCAGUACCCUCAUCUGUAAAAUGGAGAUGAUGAUGCAAACAUUGCCCCCACACAGGGUCAUUGUAGGGAGACUUGGAGGCACUCCAGAAAUCUGAGUUAUUAGCAAAUCUCUUCACAAAUCAAAGCUGCCCCCCAAAAAAAACUCCCCCAAAAGAAUCCUCCGUGGGAAUUCUUUACAAUUGUUCUUCAGUAGAUACUGCAUGCUGUUCUUGGAGGUGCCAACCCCUUUGGAGAGCUCUUGUUUCUGUUUUGGGGAGAAAACCAUUCAAAUCUGUAUUAGUAGCGGUCAUCAGAUAGAUUCUCCUCUUGUUCCUCUGUGGCUACUGUUGUGGAGGGUGGGAGCCCUUGCCUCUCCAUGGAUGGGAUUCACUAUCACCUCUUCCUAACAGCUUCGUAAACAUCGUUUGUCCCAUCCCCAAGUAAAGGGCAGGCCUCAGCUUCCCUGCGUCCAAAGCAGGAAUUUGUUCUGCCCUUCCGAAACGUUAACUCGGAGAUGUAGACGAGGAAAAACAUUCUCCGUGUCGCCGCUGCCCCUUACACUCACAUCCUUUUAUUCAAUGAUUAUCGUUUUCUAACAACCGUUUCAAAACUGUUAUGUGUAUUUUCCACUCUGAUUUUUAACCAUGCGUCAUUAAUCAUGUAGGAUGCAGCCUGUUGCAAAAAUAUAUUUGAUGAAUUUGAAUACGCUUGACUACGUGGGGACACCAUUGAGGGCAGGCACCCUUUAUUCAUUGGUGUUAAAUGGACCCUUUUAUUCAGCCCCACUCUCUGACUUCCCCAGGCUGAGCUACGGUCCCUCUGCCCUGGUCCAUCUGGUCCUUCCACCGGCCUGCUACAGAGCAUCAAGGCCUUCAAGCAUGGGCAAAUCUCCCCAACCAGCAAUGAAAGCCAAAUGACCCCAGAUCUAGACCUUGGCUUCUGGACCAAGAGAGAUAGUAACUCAGUGUUGAUGUACCUAGAACCAAAAAGAUUGUUGAUGUACCUAGAACCAAAAAGAUUAUAUGAGGAAAGAUAAUAUAUAUGUGUGUAUGAUAAACAGAAGUCAAUAUUAUUUAACCGGCUUGAUUCCCUUUGGAAGGUUCAGCCGCUCUCACAGCAGCUGCUAGGAUGAUUUGGGGCAGAUGCCUGGGUGUAUAAUUUUUUUUCAACUACCGCUGUAAUGUUGACACAGAUAGACAUCCACAUAUGUGUAUAUAUAAACUGUAACCCUCUGGCUUUGUUAUCACUGAAGUUCCUACGGCGUGGGUCCAAUGGAUGCACUUUGAUGGUAGUUUUGCAGAUAUCCUGUUUUCUUGGUUCAUCCCCAUCCCUUCAUGAUUCCAACAUGUCUGUAUAGUUUUAUUUAAACUCAAGGUCUCAGCGCCAUGACCAUGUGCUAAAUGGAACUUAUUGGUCCCAAAAUCUUUUACAGAAACACAUUUUGAACAGGGGAAAUAUUUUAUGUACCAGAUAAUUAAUUAACAAUAAAUUAACAAUUAACAAUGCUUGCUCUUUUUUCCUAUGAAUCUGGUUUUUAAGUUCCCUGGGCUAAUUAAAAUCAAAAGUGCCAUAUUCACCUUUUAGAGAAAAGGUCUGGUGUUUGCUUUCAGCCCAAUUGAAACAAUUUUUGUACUUUUUUCAUCUGUAAACCACCAGAAAAAAAAUUUCUACCAAUACUUUAGUGUAUAUAAAUGUGCAUAUGUUUUAACAAAAUCAUAAAGAUUUAUGGAAAUGCAGAGGCAUCUUUAAAUCUGAGGUGGAGGCUAGAAAAAACAAAUGGUGGAGGAUGUGUUAAGCUGUCUUCUCAGUUCUGUUUUAGCUAACUUUCUAGAUUUUAAAUGAAAUGGAAAAAUGGCAUUAGCAAUCUGGUUACCCUGAAUUUAUUUUUCUUUUGAGCUAUACAUUCUAAAAGAUGCAUAGGCUUAGGAAAUGAAUUCUAACAUAAAUUAGUCCUUCCUUGCUGUCCCCCCACCGAAAAAAAAUGAUUAUAUGACUAAGUGAGUGUGUAAAAAUUUAAAAGAUCUAAUUAGAAUAAUUAUGCGAAAAUUGAAUCUAGAAACUUAAGAUUGAAAUCUACUUAUUGGCAGUGGUACGGAAAUUAAUCAAAUCAUCCUUUUCUCUAAAUCAUAAACCAUCACAGUUGGAAGUGACCCCAGAGGCCAUCUGGUCCAACCCAUAUUGGAAAAAGUUCCCCAGGACAACGUCCCCGUAUGUGGUCACCCAGUCCUUGCUCAAAGUUCUUCAAGCUUCCCAGACAAACCAUUCCACUUUUGGAAAGUUCUGGUUGUUAGGAAAAUUUUCCUGACCUCCAGCUUCAAUUGACCUAUUUGCGAUUUCUGCUCUCUGGGGCCAAACAGAAUAGAUCUGAUCCCACUGGAGUUUUGUCUUCUCCAGCCUAAACAUCUCCAGUCCCUUCAAUCAGCCCUCAAAAUGCAUGAACUCAACAACUGACAUCCUGGUUGUCCAUCCCUUGGAUAUUCUCUAAAAUGCUAUUUCCAGAGAGGCUCCCCAGACACCAUUGUUCCAAAAGUUCAUUGUAAUAGAAGGAAUUUUAACGUAGGACUGCCCACCACCGGGUGAUUCAGUUUCCUGAUCUGAUCCUUAGAAAUGUCAGUUGAACCAGAUGACUUCCGGUCACUCCAACUAGAAAACUCCAUGGUCCAACGCUCCUUCCUCUCCUGCCGCCAUCUUUGUGCUGUGAGCAUCUCCAUUUCUGAUAUCUAAAUGUUGCUCCUACCUUCAUGUUGUCAUGAGCUAACAGCCUUUGAAAGUGUUUGUUCUUGGUUCAUUUCCCACAAUUGGAAAACCUGACUUUGUUACUUAUGUGGUGAUGAUGGUGUUUUCUUUUCUUCUGAUUUUAUGAACUCUGUGACUAUUCUUAAAGUUCUUUGUAUUGUUAAUGUAACUCUCCCUAUGUGUCCUUUGAGUGUCCCUGGAAAUUUCCCUUUGAUUUCUAGUCAAUGAGACCUAGCUGUCUUAGAACAUUCUUUGGCUCCUUGUAUGUUGUGUCGCAUAUAACCUUGACACUGUGAUCAUCGUCUGAAAGACUGUCAAAGAUGGAAGCAUUUCUUUCCCAGCUCAUCUGUUCAAUAGCACGGAUACCAAUCAAAUGAAUUAAAAACAUCAUGGCUUUCUAUACUGA